AUGCCAUCCUGUCGCGUGCGAUAUCUGGGCGCACCUCAGCAGCUGGUCAGCGGGAGUCUUGAGGGCAAGCCUGUCUAUGCUCUACCGGACACAGGUUCAGACCUCAUGCUGAUCUCGGAGGCGUACGCCACCAGCAACGGCUUUGUGAUUGAUACUGCGUUCGAACACCAAAAGGACCUCCAGUUUGCAGACGGCUCAUCAGGUCGAACAUCCGGCGUGGUUCACAAUUUGAAGUGGAGCUAUGAUGACUCCAAGGAAGAAGUUUCCAAAGUGGACUUCUAUGUGCUGGACGGCCUUGAGUGCGAUGUACUACUCAGCUACGACCUUCUAGGAGAGACGCAGGCGUACACCAAGCAUGAAUCAACCUUCAUUGAGCGAGACGUUGUCGUCAUACUUCAAGACCAGAAGCCUUUUAACACAAUCGCCAUUCGAUCGGAGCAGUCGAUUGCGCAAAAGUUUAGAUCGCGGCUAUCAAAACGAAAGAAACUGGAUGGUCAGCAGGCGCACACUCUCGAAGACCUGAAGUCCUCAGGCACGGCCCCGAUGGACGCGAAGGCAUGGGGCGAGUCAAGGCGCAGGUUGCUACAACGCAAGGAGGAAUCCGAGCUCUCACUAUCUAAGCUCCCUCUAGCAGAUCAUCAGGCCGCUCUCGACACUUUCAAAGCAAUCUGGGAAGCAGACUGGACACGCUUGAUCAGUCGGGGGCCCGUUGAAAUGCAACACAGCGAUGGAGGAGGCACGAGUAGCUGA